AUGGAUCGAUCUGGCCCAGAAGGAGAUAACGACGGGAAGAGCGAGGUAGGAUUUGAAGAAGCCCUCUGCGUCGUUGAUGCCCACCUCACGAGAAUCAGAGCAAUGACCAUGAAGACCACGACGGCACCCAGCUUCAAUAUCGAGGACCAGAAACUCCUCUUCUGCAUAGAUCAGGGAGCCAAAGCUGUUGACUAUAAUAGUCAGAAUGAGGAAGACGGUGAUCCACACCCCGCAACGUUCCCGUCAAACUUCCUAGUAGUUUAUCGUGAGACCGGUCACAGUGAGCUCGGGGGGAACGAUGAUAGCCCAUUGGAAAACGUGGUUCCAGCCCAUGGCGAAACCCUAUGA